GCGGCCGGUGGGCGAGACGGGGCGGGGCCGCCGGCCGGUGGGAGGGCGGUAGAUAGAAGUACACCGAAGUGGUGGAGUCCGUGUCACUCGCUUGAAAAGAAUUCCCGGUUACUACAUUUUACUUUAGUCCUUUGGCAGCUUUUAUACCCAGGAGCUUAUGUGUCAUUUCAGUAAAUACUGUGACACUGUUAUAUUUCAGUUUUGAGUAUAUUUAUUUCUGUACCUUGCUGACAGAUUAAUCUCCAUUAAUUCCGAUACAUUCAUUCACAGGAUUACUCUACCUUGAUUUAGCCAAACAAAUUCUGAGCAAUCAGCCACUGUAUUUGGUAACUAAAAGUAACAAAAUUAAAUUGAUUUUCCAAACAAAAAACCCCAUUUUGUCACAAAGUGUGCACAGCUUUGUGAGACAGUCUGGUCCUUAUUGCUGUGCACCUUGUCGCCACCAUUACCCCCUAUCUGUCCCGGAACUGUUCCUGAGCAUGGCCUUGGCCUCUCUUCCAGUCAUAAAGUCAUCACCUAACAUUUGAAUUAGAUUUUAAACAAUGGUGAUUAUUUCCUGUAUUACACAUCACCCAACAAAAACUCACAGUACACCUGAUUAAAAAUCAUGUGUAUGAUCUGCAUUUGUAAAACUGAAUCACCUAGAGAUACCAGCUGAGAGUCCCAGUGCAAGAGAGACCUUAUAAACGUUCAGCAAAGGACAAUUCCUGCCCACAGGAAUUGCCACGUUGCCUUGACAGAAAGGCACAUCUCCAUGUGAGGUGGUUUCAGAACUGCUAGUGAGUCAAUGCCGUUCCUGCUCACAAGGCCUCUGUUACGUUGGUUGCCAGGGCCAUAAAUAUGAAGAUUUUCUGAUUUGAACAUUGUGUCAAGUAUUCCCAUUUCUGCCUGAUUAGUCCCACAACUUAUUUGUUUUAAUAUACAAGCAUUUUAGUUAAUAUUUAAGGUGGUGUUCCAAUCCAAUAUCGGGAGGGUUUCGUUACGAUCCCAAGGACGAGAUUAAGACGCUAUAACCGGUCAAAUAGCAUACAACCUCUUAACUUUAUUUUCCACAAAGUGGGGAGAAAAGGUGGGGGGAAAGGCAAAGGGGAGAAGGGAAAAAGGGCAAGGGGAAAAGAUAGAGAAAGUUGGAAAAGGAGAGAAGGAACUAGCUACCGCCACUCCGAGUCCAGUGAUGUUCCGCUGACUCCAUUCGAGAUCUUCGGCGGUUGCAAGCCCCCCCGGCGGCAGCAGCGGUGGCCGUGGCCCGGCCACGGGUGCGGAGUUUGGCACGAAGGUCAACCACCCCCUGAGACUCCUUCUCCUCCCCAUGGGGCUCCUUCUCUUCCCCCCCAUUCACAGAGUUUGCAGUUUAUAUAUGUUCUUGCCCCGCCUCGGGAGGUGCUUCCUCACUCCACAUGCAGAUUAGCUGUGGUGCGCAGUCCACCCUCGUGGAACCUUCCAGAAACGGGUUAGGGGCUUCUGGGGGUCUCCUGCUCAUGCGCAGAUGGCAAAUGUGUUCGUGCGGCUUGUGCCAGACGUGCUGUUCCCCUAGAAGCCUUCUUCUGCCCUCUUUGCACUUUUUUUUCCCUGCACAGGCACAUGAGGUUGUUUACCUCUAAACUGUGAAGAAGAGGGUUUCUUUUGUUGGAGGCAGGAUGUUCGAUGCCAGGAAAUGGCGGUGCGGUGGCAAUGUCGAGACAAAACUGCAUUUAGUACUGGUUCUCUACAGGUGGUCUUGUUACAAGGCAACCCUGAGAAGCUCAGAAAGAAUGUUUGAAGUAGGUAGAUUUGGAUAAUUUCUAUCUUAGAUAGAAUUUGCUUAGCAUGAGUAGCCGCACACUUGCUUAGCAUAAGUAGCUAAAUUUGCUGAAGCCUUAGGCCGCGCUCCUAGUUCGUUAAGAAAAGGCCUCAGAGCUGGUGCAGGCUGGAAAGAUAAGGGAGUUACAAGCAGUCUGCAUUCCUGUGCCCCACUCUCCAGAAGGGAGGAUGCCAAGGCUGAGAAAUAAGGCCUGUUUGGGUGCCAGGACCUUGGGAAGCAAAGCCUCCUCUCACUGUUGAAACAGUGUUAAUUAAGGGGUCUGGAUUAUGUCCUCUUCGUCAGGACCUUGGGAGAUAACGUCUACUGACCUAGCUGGGGCAGUGUUAAUUGAUCAGGACCUUGAGAAGCAGGGGUGGGACCCAGGGAAUGAAGAAAUCACUAACCAAUCAGUGUACAAGGGAAAGUCGCAAAUCUGGCAAUUUGUUUGUAUAAAUGCUACCUGAAAAGUUGGGGGGGUGUGCUUGAUUUGUGGGAAACCACCGAGCACCCAGGCUUGCGCAACUCUGAAAUAAAUAAAUAAAUGUCUCUCCUGAGUGUGUAAUUAUUGGCUUAUUGCACACCGGGCAACGAAUCCGCUUUUCGGACAACAGUCUCACCUUGGAAAACAAUAUAUAGAAAAGAGGAUCUGGCAAUAUUUGGAAAGGUACCAGCACAUCCUGAUGUGUAAUCAGUCUUUUGGAGAAAAAAUACUACAAAGUUAUCUUUGUUUUAUCAAAUACUCUCCACUUCAACAGUUGCUAGUUUUUUAAAAAGAACAAUCUGAUUUUUUUUCUAAAUAACUAUCCACCUACAAAAAAGAUAAACUAGAAAAACUUUUUAAAAAUACAUUUAAUUAAGCUGUCUAUGGAGUUCAGCCUUUUUAUUUUUUGUCAUUAAUAAAUUAUUACAUAUUUUCCAUUUCAAGUAUAUUUAUUUCAGGUGAAUGCUCAUCACCACUUGAUAGCUGUAUAAUGUCUGCAUUUAUUGCUCUGUAAUUAUUUUCUGAUUAUAUGGUAAAAUAAUGAAAAGAAAAAUACUACAGGGAAGCGUUUAUAUGAAUUCAAAUGUCUGGAGUAGGAGGAAAUAGCUAGUAAGACACAUCUGAGAAAGGUAUACUGUACCUUCCAUAUGAAAAAAUUGGCUCUAUUUUAGACUAAACGUCAGUACAGUGCUUUUGGUCUAUGCUUCCUUUCAAACACAUGGAUUAGAUUCAUUGAUGUCAGCAGGACUUUCCACAUAUGAAAAUGAGGUACGUGUUCAAAUAUUUUUCUUUUGGAGUCAACAGAUCAUUUCCUCCAUUUUUGAGAGUAUUUAGAGCAUUUCCCACAAAAAGUGGCAAAAAAGAAAAAGGUCUGUCUCUUCCUCAGAACCCACCUUCCUCCUGAGACAGCAAGGACUUUUCUUACAAGGAUAUCUUGGUAAAAAAUAGCCUUUGGUGUUUGAGUCAGGCCAAACGGAGUAGUAACUCUACCAGCACUCCUGCACUCUCUUAUACUCUGGUGUAACUCUACCCUCAUGGGCAGCUGCUGAGAAUUAAUUCCAUUGGUUAUUGCAGGAGGAAAGUUUCUUGUGUGCAUAAGCAUUUGCAGGAUCAGUCUUUUCCUGUUUAUACAGCUCAGUCCACUGCCUGUCAAACCAGUGUGGUUCUCUUGCCUGUUCCUCAUGGUCUUACAUUUAGCACCUACAUUUAUAUAAAUUUUAAACAUCAUGAAAAGAUAAAUUUCAUUUAUAAUGACAUAUAUUUAAAAUCACCUUUUUUUAGCUGGGCCAUGGACUUAUGCUAGCUUUCUGAGACAAAAUAUGCUGAAAUGUAAUGCAUAUACAUGCAUAUCUAUUUUAUUUGCCCAAAUUGAGAAAUAAGUUAAUAAGCUAUUUCAUAAUCAUGUAUCUGGAGAAGAAAAGAUGGUUGUUAUCCAGCCUUCAACCUAGAAAAAAUCAGCACUGAUUCAAGGAAUCUUUCUUAGGAUAGUGAAAUACAACAUCUCAUUUCAAGUAAUUAUUUGUGUGCAAAAUUUUUGGCACAGCAGAUGGGUCACAAUGCAGUCUUAGAGCAGCGGAUUUCAGAAAGACGUUUGUGCCAGACAGACCAGGCCGAAAGGGAAAAUUAGAAAAGUUCAUUCUCUGAGAGGUUACUCAACAUUUAAAACUGGAACAAAAUCAUCAGAAGAGGAGAGGAAAGUCUCUCCAUCUUUUAUACUGUUGAUGGAAGAUGAGUGCACAGUGAGGGGAAAGGUGAAGUCCAAGGUAUUUAUAGUUUUCUCUUGUGUGUUUGGACCAAUUCUCUCAAAUAAUCUGUAGAGAUCACUGGAGGACUGUAAGUGAUGGCUCCCAGAGUCUGUUUGUCUGUCCAGCACACUUGUCUCCAUUGCUCCACUUCCCUGCAGUGACUAACGGAUGUACAAGAACCAUUUGGACUCUUCUGGCCCUGUCGUGUUGCUCCAGGCGAGCUCCUUGAAGGUGAACCUCCAGACCCCCCAGAAUGAGCCGCUGGCAGAUCGCUCUGCACCAAAACCGAGCUGUCUCAGCCUGUGCCUAGGCCUCAGGGUGGCCAACACGUACAGUGCUGUGCCCAGGCUCAGAGCACGACUCCCCGGCAGAACAACCCACGAGCCCCCGGGGCAGAAGGUGGGCACGGGAGGCUCCUGGAGGCGCCGGGGCCCCAGGGCGCCCUGGCCGGGCUGCGUGCCACCCUCCUCCUGCCUGCUGCCCCGCUGCCCCAGCAGCGCCACCGCAGAGCUCUGUGACACCACUGCUGUGUCACAGAGCCCACUGCGGCCACCGCCAUAAAAGCAGUGCCUGCUCAGAGAUGCUGCUGUCCCUCUCAGCUCCCUGCGCUGCCCGGACGGGCUGAGGGUGCCGACAGCUCUGGGCUGGGUGAGGCCAGGAUGGAGUUUCUGGGGACCACUCAGACUGCCAGCUACUGCGGCACAAGGAGGAGCUGCCUGUUCCCUGACCCAGCUCCCAUCAGCACCACCAAGGACAGCUAUCAGUCCUACUACCUCCCUGGCUACCGCUACCUCAAUUUGUGGAGGCCCAGCCUGUUUUACAAGGUGUCUUCUGUCCCUCCCAGCCCUGAUAAUCAGCUUAAUCCUGCAAGGCGGCCACCCACCAUGCUGCCAUCACUGCGAUCUGCCCUGCACGCCCGCUACAGCCCUCAUGACUGGCACCAAGCAAACCUGGUGCAGUUAAAAGGGUCCGAAGCCUUCAGGCACUGGGCUGGUAAACUGAACACCGAUUCGAUGCGACUGAUGCAAGACAAGGACCAAUUGACCUACCAGAUGCAAGAGGACAGCAGAAGAAACCUGGGAGAGAGGCUCUCCAACCUGGAUUUCUGGAGAGCUGAGCUGGUCUAUGAGCACGAGCGUCUGCUGACAGAGAACCAUGCCUUGGAGACAGCAAAGAAGCGACUGGAGUGUGCUGCAGCUGAAGCACAAGGACCACUGAAGACAGCCCUAGAGUGCUUGUACAACCGUGAGAAGCGGAUGGGUAUAGACUUAGUUCAUGAUGAUGUGGAAAAGAGCCUCAUAAAGGAGGCUGAUCUACUCAAGGAUUGGCAAGCAAGAAUGAGAAAACUUGCAGAAAGAAUCAGUCAACAGUUGGGUAUCAACAGAGAUGUACAGCAUGCCCUGGAGCAAGAUCUUUCUGACAAAAACUCAGCCCGUUUUAUUGAUGAGAAGUGUUUUAACCUGAGGAACACAUCAGACAGCAUCAGCUUUUACCAUGGAGUGGAGAAAACAGAUGGAACUGUUUCAGUUCCUGAAACAUGGGCUAAAUUCAGUGAAGACAAUAUCAAGUCCUCUCAGCAUGCAAGGGCCAACUCUGUCAGGCUCCAGGAUGAGACAGAAGCUGCACUGGAGAAUGCAUCUGAGGAGAUGUGGAGUCAUUUCACGAGUACUAACCUGGCUUUCAGUUAUCGUAUUUCGGAAGUAGCUGAUGCAAAUAACCAACUCCAAGCACAACUGGCCAAGAUACUUCAAGAAAUCUUCCAGACAGAAAAUACGAUCAUGUUACUGGAGAGAUCUAUAACGGCAAAGGAGUGCCCACUGAAAGUGGCUCAGACCCGCCUGGAGGGAAGAACUAAACGACCCAAUAUAGAACUUUGCCGUGAUGCACCUCAGUUUCAGCUUGUCAAUGAAGUUUUUACUAUAGAUGACACCUUACAGACCUUAAAGCAACGUCUGCGAGAGGCCCAUGAUACUCUGCAAACGUUGGUUCUCAACAAAUCAAAGCUAGAACAUGAAAUUUCUGUGAAGACAAACUCCUUCAUCAUUGAUAAGAAGUGUAUGGACAUGCGCAAAACCUUCCCCAGCACCCCACGGCUAGUUGGCUACACUUGAAGUAACAAGUAACCUUUGAUCUCUUUAAUGCAUAACAUAAAAGUUGCAAAUCCUGAAGGAAAUAUUUAUUAUUUUGGUUUUUUAAUAGUGAAAUCCAAUAAACAAACUAAAAUCAA